CAAUUCAGGCCCAUGGGGGGAGGCGCGGGAACAAAAAGGCUCCGGAAGGCGAAGGAGCCCCAUGCGGUCCCGCCACCGCUUCUCACGCAGAGUCCCCCCGGGAGGGCUCUCUGGGGGUGGCAGGGGCGCGCCGAAAAGGGGCCCGCUUCUCUCCGGUUUGGGAAGACCUGUUGCAGCCGGGGCGCUGUGACGCCGCUUCCCCUUUCCGACAAACGCUCUCUUUCUGAGGCGCUCGUCUCUCUUUUUCCUCCCCGGGCCGUGACGGAGGCGGAAACCUCGGGCCGUGUUAGGUUUCCUUCGCCGCCUCCCUUUUCCCGUCAGCAGCCUAUCUUGUUCUCUGCUCGGUUUUCACAGGCAACAGACGAGCCUCCUCGGAGAGACGGCCGCGCUGGAGUGAGGUUACCCUCUGGCACGCUAUAAAUUACUAUGAGUCUGCUACAUAGUAACACCAGCUUUGGAACCAGUGAUCAAGAGAGUGACUGCUGUGCAGCCAUGGCAAGCGCCUGCAGUGCUGUGACCAAAGAAGAGAGUCUUCAGGCCAGUGUCAGCAAUGGCACAAGUGGAACACUUUCAAACUCUUUCAUGGAGGAGAUACAGGGCUACGAUGUAGAGUUUGACCCACCAUUGGAAAGUAAAUAUGAAUGUCCCAUCUGUUUAAUGGCUCUGAGAGAAGCAGUACAAACACAAUGCGGACACCGUUUCUGCAAAGCUUGCAUUGUAAAAUCCAUAAGAGAUGCUGGUCAUAAAUGUCCAAUAGACAAUGAAAUUUUACUAGAAAAUCAACUUUUUCCUGACAACUUUGCAAAACGGGAGAUCCUCUCAUUGACAGUGAAAUGUCCUAAUAAAGGCUGUAAUCAGAAGAUGGAACUAAGGCAUUUGGAGGAUCAUCAGUCACACUGCGGUUUUGCUUCUGAAAAGUGUCCCCAGUGCCAAGGCACUUUCCCUAAAAAUCAGCUGCAAGAACACAUGAAACUAGAAUGCUCACGGCGUAGGAUUGCCUGUCCAAAUUGUGCAUUGUCUAUGCCUUAUGAAGAAAAAAAGAUUCAUGAUGAGAUGUGCCUUUUGGCAACUGUCUCCUGCGAAUACUGUAAUACAAUGCUAAUCAGAGAACAGCUACCUAAUCACUAUGAUAAUGACUGCCCAACUGCUCCUGUGCCGUGCACAUACAGUACCUUUGGAUGCCCAGAGAAAAUGCAGAGAAAUGAGUUGGCAAAGCACAUGCAAGAAUUCACUCAGGUUCAUAUGAGACUGAUGGCUCAGGCCCUCCAGGGCAUCACUGUUAACCUCCCACCUUCCAUGAAUUUUCACCAUGGAGGUUUACCGUUUGACCCAUCCCUUUUCUCUCAAGGCUUGCCACCCUCAUGUGAAUGUAGCCCUGAAGUCCAGAACUUCAAGGAAACCAUUCAGCAACUGGAAGGUCGUUUAGUAAGACAGGAUCACCAAAUCCGAGAACUCAUUGCAAAGAUGGAGACACAAAACAGCCAAAUAGGAGAUCUCAAACGCACCAUUCAAAGUCUAGAGGGCAAAAUUGCUGAAAUGGAAGCACACCAGUGUAAUGGUAUUUUUAUAUGGAAAAUAGAGAAUUUCAGUAUUUAUCUCAAAGCCCAAGAAGAGGAAAGGCCUGUUGUGAUCCACAGCCCUGGUUUCUAUACAGGGAAACCUGGCUACAAACUUUGUAUGCGUCUGCAUAUCCAGGUACCAAAUGCUCAGCGUUGUGCCAACUAUAUUUCCCUUUUUGUUCAUAUUAUGCAAGGGGACUAUGACAGCCAUCUGCCAUGGCCAUUCCAGGGGACCAUACGACUUUCUAUUCUAGAUCAGUCAGAUGGACCUUCAAGGCAGAACCAUGAAGAAAUAAUGGAUACCAAGCCUGAACUGCAAGCCUUCAAGCGUUCAACAGUCCCCCGCAACCCAAAAGGUUUUGGAUAUGUGACUUUCAUGCAGUUGCAAGCACUAAAACAGAGAACAUAUAUAAAAGAUGAUACUCUCCUAGUGCGCUGUGAGGUUUUAACACGCUUGGACUUAACCAGUCUACGAAGGGAAGGUUUUCAGCCUCGUAGCACAGAUGGGACGCCAUAGUCCCAUCAUGCCUUCAGUCUUGAUCUGUUACUGUUAUUUGUAAGAACUACGAAAGAAUAAAAGGAUUGAUUAGAAUAAUCUGCACCUUGUUCGUCUUAAGUAUGCUGUAUUUAUCACCUUUAGUGAUAACAGAAAAUUCUGCAAAUGUUA